CCUUGAGCAGUGAGGACUGGAGAUCUUCGCUGAGGGAGCCAAGGAUCCUGAAAGAGGACUCUGGUAGAGUUGGGACAAGAACUGCCUCUGACCUGUGCCCCCAUGCUCUUGUCAUGGCUAACAGGAAUAGGGGCUGGCAUGAUCUUUCUGCACUGCGUGCAGAGACAUCUGUUCCCUUAUUUCUGGGAUGAUUUCUGGUUCCUGCUGAAGGUGGUGCGCUUUGGAGUUCAGAUCACAAAGUGCAAAUGGAGAGGCGAGCAGAUCACUGUGCUGGAUAAAUUCCUGAGCCAUGCCAAGAGGCAACCCCAGAAACCAUUCAUCAUUUAUGAAGGAGACAUCUACACGUAUCAGGAUGUGGAUAAAAGGAGUAACAAAGUGGCCCGUGUCUUCCUGAACCACUCCUCACUGGAAAAGGGGGACACUGUGGCUUUGCUGAUGAGCAAUGAGCCCGACUUCGUUCACGUGUGGUUUGGCCUGGCUAAGCUGGGCUGCGUGGUGGCCUUCCUCAACUGCAACGUUCGCUCCAACUCCCUUCUGCAUUGCAUCCGCACCUGCGAGCCCAAGGCCCUAGUGGUGGGCGCAGAUUUGCUUGGCAUUAUAGAAGAGAUCCUUCCCAACAUCCCCCAAAAUGUCAGUGUUUGGGGCAUGAAAGAUUCUGUUCCCCAAGGGAUGAUUUCACUCAUACAAAAACUGAGCACAUCAUCUGAGGAGCCUGUGGCACGCAGCCAUCAUGUUGCCUCAAGCCUCAAGUCCACGUGCCUAUAUAUUUUUACCUCCGGAACAACAGGUCUACCAAAAGCAGCUGUGAUUAGUCACUUGCAGGCUUUAAAGGGUUCUGCUGGAUUGUGGGCUUUCGGUUGUACAGCUGAUGACAUUGUUUAUAUAACCCUUCCUUUGUAUCAUAGCUCAGGAUCUCUCCUGGGAAUUUGUGGAUGUGUUGAGUUGGGUGCCACUUGUGUGUUAAAGAAGAAAUUCUCAGCAAGUCAAUUUUGGAAUGAUUGCAAGAAGUAUAAUGUGACCGUAUUUCAGUAUAUCGGAGAACUAUGUCGCUAUCUUUGCAAACAACCUAAGAGAGAAGGAGAAAAGGAUCAUCAGGUGCGUCUGGCAGUUGGAAAUGGUAUACGGAGUGAUGUAUGGAGACAAUUUUUAGACAGGUUUGGCAAUAUUAAGAUGUGUGAACUUUAUGGAGCUACUGAAGGGAACAUUUGUUUUAUGAACCACACUGGGAAAAUUGGAUCUGUUGGAAGAACAAAUUUCUUUUACAAACUUUUUUUCAAUUUCCACUUGAUAAAGUAUGAUUUUCAGAAAGAUGAACCUUUGAGAAAUGAAAAGGACUGGUGUAGCCAAGUGAAAAAAGGAGAACCUGGACUUCUCAUUUCUCCUGUGAAUACAAAGAAUCCCUUCUUUGGUUAUGCUGGGUCUUACAGGCACACAAAAAACAAAUUACUCUUUGAUGUUUUUAAGAGGGGAGAUGUUUACUUUAACACAGGAGACUUAAUGGUCCAAGAUCAGGAGAAUUUCCUUUAUUUUUGGGACCGUAUUGGAGACACUUUCAGAUGGAAAGGAGAAAAUGUUGCAACCACAGAGGUUGCCGAUGUUAUUGGGAUGUUGGAUUUCAUACAGGAAACAAAUGUCUAUGGUGUGACUGUGUCAGGUUAUGAAGGAAAAACUGGAAUGGCUUCUAUUAUUUUAAAACCAAAUAAGUCUUUAGACUUAGAAAAAAUUUAUGAACAAGUUGUAACAUCUCUACCAGCUUACGCCUGCCCACGAUUUUUAAGAAUUCAGGUAAUUUUACAAACUAAAUUUACUAUCAAAUUUGAGACCAGGAAACCAAGAG